AGGGCUCCCUCACCAACCAAGCGCAAGGACAGGUCUGAAGAGAAGUCCAAGGACAGGUCCAAGGAUAAGGCAGGCACCAAGGAGUCUGGGGAGAAGGACCGCGGGCGGGACAAGACGCGCAAGCGGCGCAGCGCGUCCAGCGGGAGCAGCAGCACCAGAUCCCGUUCCAGCUCAACUUCCAGUUCAGGGUCCAGUUCCAGCACUGGUUCUAGCAGUGGCUCGAGCUCCUCUUCUGCCUCGAGCCGCUCUGGGAGCUCCAGCACUUCGCGCAGUUCCAGUUCCAGCAGCUCCUCUGGGUCUCCAAGUCCCUCUCGACGGAGACAUGACAACAGGAGACGCUCCCGCUCCAAGUCCAAGCCACCCAAGAGAGAUGAAAAGGAGAGGAAGAGACGGAGCCCAUCACCCAGACCCACAAAAGUGCAUGUUGGAAGGCUCACUAGAAAUGUGACCAAGGAUCACAUCAUGGAGAUUUUUUCCACUUAUGGAAAGAUUAAAAUGAUUGACAUGCCAGUUGACAGGCUAAACCCACACCUCUCCAAAGGUUAUGCCUAUGUGGAGUUUGAGAACCCAGAUGAUGCUGAGAAAGCUCUGAAACACAUGGAUGGAGGCCAGAUCGACGGGCAGGAGAUCACUGCCACAGCCGUGCUGGCCCCGCGGCCUCGGCCACCGCCGCGGCGCUUCAGCCCUCCCCGGAGGAUGCUGCCACCACCACCCAUGUGGCGCAGGUCACCCCCUCGCAUGAGGAGAAGGUCGCGGUCUCCUCGGCGCAGAUCCCCCGUGCGCCGGCGUUCCCGGUCCCGAUCCCCUGGGAGGAGACGCCACCGUAGUCGCUCCAGCUCCAACUCUUCUCGAUAAAGCAAAAGGACUGAACAGCUUUUGAUUUUUUUUUUUAACUUAAAUCCCAUCAGACUAAACAUUGUACCUUUUUUUUAUAACGAGUCUG